UUGCUCUGUUUUUCGGCCGGAAGCGAAAAAGAGAGCGCGAAUCGCCUGAGAAUUCUCCGACGAUCUUGUGCUUCGACAUUUUCCGGCCACCGGAUCUCACCGUAAACAUGACAACAUCAAGGCGUCUUGCAGAUAGGAAGGUAGAGAAGUUUGAGAAGAACAUCACCAAGAGGGGAUCUGUGCCUGAAACGACUACUAAGAAGGGAAGUGACUAUCCUGUUGGGCCUGUUCUGCUUGGGUUCUUCGUCUUUGUUGUCAUUGGAUCUUCUCUGUUUCAGAUAAUCAGGACUGCAACCAGCGGUGGCGUGGCUUAAUAUACAUGUGUCAACCUUUAAAUCCUAGUGGAGAAGUAGAGAACUGAUAAUACAUGAUGUUUUGUGAGGACGCGUACCAAUAAAGUUAUAUAUCAAUUCCUAUUCUCAUUUUUUAUAUCUUUUUUUUCACUUUUCGCUUCUGCUCAAAUUGUUGGAUCUAUGUUAGUAUCUUUAGGCCCCAUUUAUCUUUUAAUGAUGAGAGCGUCCCGGCCGAAUGUGUAUGCUUAAGAGUGCGACGCGCUUGCUUAGUUGAGCUGUUUGAUGACUGAUAAUAUCAUAUUUCUAAGUCCAA